UGUAGACUACAGUUUUUCGACAAUAUCAGAUGAUAUCAGUCUCGAGAGUAGUCAGUAUAUUCCGGUCGAACAGCGUUCGAAGCUAUGUGCCAUGCAGUGUUUUUUAACCCUUAAAGCUCGAAUGGCGGUCGACGCUGCCCUAGAAUACCGCUUCACCGACACCGUCAAGCGAUGGAGAACGCGUGCACGAAAGCUUCCCUGCAUGAUUCAAACACAAAAGCGAACCACCGUACUCCAGAAACACGAGUGGGCAAAUACGACAGAAGUGCCUCGAGGGACACGUGCAGCAUCUAGCCGACCUUUGGUUCUACUUGAAAACGUGCCUCCCUUAGCUGGCAGCACCGACGUGCGCCUCAUGAGGACUCACCUGUUGAGCAUCGUGAAUGAGACGAGACUCACGCCGCUGACUUGCGAAGUGCUGCGAUCACCUGUUGUCAGUAUGCCGAACCUCAAGGAAGCAACGGAUCGCGCUGUUUCCUACAAUCCAAUAUAUCCUUUGUUAGAGGACGAAGAAAAGGAAGACCUCAUUCGAUCCACGGCUGACAUCCUCGCCGGAAGAGCCGAAGGAAUUGCGGAAGGCAAAGUCAGCGGUGACCGAUUUACGUACGUUAUCCACGCUUACAAGCCUGCACAAUAAAAGCUAGAAAACUGCGUGGUGCCGAGAAGUGACCACAGUAGAAAAAGUCAAAUGCAAAAUAUCUUAUCGUUUCCCUUUCACUGUGGCGUGUUAGUGGAAACACUAAUUGAAUAACUAAAACAUGGCAAAAAAAGCUACAAGACUGCGCAAGACGGUGGAAGGAAAAAAGCAUCGCUAAAGAAGCCAAAUAUGUGGUUCCUUCUCGGAGCUGCAUAUCAGUUCUUCAUCGUUUUCCU